GUUGUCACUCAGAAGUUAACUGAGAACGGGAAAGAAAAUAACGUUUUAGCAGCGUAGUCGUUAGUUGAGAGUGGUUGAGUACCUUCUCCGUUUCCUCUCAUCUCUGUCAUUUGUGGAGUUGGGGGGCGGGUGAGCUUGAGUUGGAGAUAGUUGAGUAUGACUCAUUUUGACUUGGGUUCUCUGGCACGCUCUAUCUAACAAAUUUCUAGGGUUGUUGCUUCUUCAGCUCCACUUCCCUCUGGUUUCCCCAGCAGAAAUGUUGUUAAUUCAUUUCUUCACCACGACCUCAUUUCUCCAUUGUUGAAUUGGUUGGUUCCUGACUUCCUUUCAUCGUUCCCAGCUCAAAGAGGGCGGUUGGUACCCUUGGGGCAUUUCUGGGUGGAGAUGGAUAGCUACAGUAACAACAAUGGCGGGCAGCGCUUCCGUAAAAUACCUCAUCAGUCUCUUGCUCAUAUCAGAAUGGAGCCCCUGCUUGACGACAACCUGGAGCAAUGGCCGCAUCUUAAUGAACUGGUUCAAUGCUAUAAGACUGACUGGGUGAAGGAUGAACACAAGUAUGGACACUACGAAAGUGUUGCCCAUGUAUCUUUCCAAAGCCAAAUUUUUGAAGGCCCUGAUACUGAUAUUGAGACUGAACUGCACCUGGGCAACUCAAGAGAGGCAAAGCUUGAUGAGUUUACUGAUGAUGAAAUCCCAAGCACUUCAGGGAGGCAAAUGACGGAGCCCACGUUUUCUGACGGAUCACAGUUGCAUUUAACCAAGCACCUUGGUCUAUCUCCUCUACCAGCUUAUGAACCAGCUUUUGAUUGGGAAAAUGAGAGGUCCAUGAUAUUUGGCCAAAGGAUUCCGGAAAGUCCAAUGACUCUCAAUGGCAGUGGCCUGAAGAUCUCUGUGAAAGUACUGUCCCUAGCAUUUCAAGCUGGAUUAGUGGAGCCAUUUUAUGGCACACUAUGCCUCUACAAUAAGGAGAGAAGAGAGAAGUUGUCGGAGGACUUCUAUUUUCAUGUUGUACCCACUGACAUGCAAGAUGAACAGAAUACUCCUGAACGUCGUGGAAUUUUUUAUUUGGAUGCUCCAUCAGCUUCAGUUUGCCUGCUUGUCCAGCUUGAGAAGCCUGCCUCAGAAGAAGGAGGCGUUACUCCUUCUGUCUAUUCACGAAAAGAGCCAGUCCAUCUUAGUGAGAGAGAGAAGCAAAAGCUGCAGGUAUGGUCACGGAUUAUGCCCUACAGAGAGUCCUUUGCAUGGGCGAUCGUUCCAUUAUUCGAUAGCAGUACCGGUGCAACUUCGGGAGGGCCUGCUUCUCCGAGUAGCCCACUCACUCAAAGUGUUUCUGGAUCAGCUUCUCAUGAAGGCACAUUUGAGCCUAUUGCGAAAGUCAUGCUAGAUGGGAAGUCUGGUUAUUCUAGUGGAAGCUCUGUUGUUGUUGAAAUUUCAAAUUUGAAUAAAGUUAAAGAGAGCUAUACAGAGGACUCACUUCAGGAUCCUAAACGCAAGGUUCAUAAACCUGUGAAAGGUGUAUUGCGGUUGGAAAUUGAGAAGCACCAGUUGGGCUACUCUGACAUUGAAAAUCUAUCUGAAAGUGGAAGUUUGGCAAAUGAUUCCGUUGAUAUGGGGGACCGGGCUCCUGACUCUGUCUUGUCCAGAGUUCCUGGAAAUAGUUCUGAUGGGCUUCGAAGUGGCAGCCAGAAGUGGAAUGUGCAUGAUGGAAAGGCGGUUUCUGGAAAUGGAUCAAAUGCUUGCCCAAGUUCAGAAUUAAAUGCUAGUGAUUUCCAAGCUUUUGACUUCCGGACGACUGUGCGAAAUGAGCCUUUCUUGCAGCUUUUCCACUGUCUGUAUGUUUAUCCUCUGACAGUUAGUCUGAGUCGGAAGAGGAAUUUGUUUGUACGGGUUGAACUUAGGAAAGAUGAUUUGGAUAUUCGUAGGCCACCUCUGGAGGCGAUGCAUCCAAGAGAGCCUGGAGCAGGGCCACAGAAGUGGGUCCACACACAGAUUGCUGUUGGCACUAGAGUUGCCUCUUAUCACGAUGAAAUAAAACUUUCCUUGCCUGCCAUUUGGACUCCCUUGCAUCACCUUUUAUUCACUUUCUUCCAUGUUGAUCUUCAAACAAAGCUAGAAGUUCCAAAGCCGGUGGUAAUUGGAUAUGCGGUGCUUCCUUUGUCAACACAUGCUCAGCUGCGAUCUGAAAUUUCAUUACCAAUAAUGAGAGAGUUGGUUCCACAUUAUCUUCAAGAUUUGGGGAAGGAGAGGCUGGAAUAUUUGGAAGAUGGAAAAAAUAUCUUCAGACUGCGUUUGCGGCUUUGUUCAUCCUUAUAUCCCUUCAAUGAGCGUAUCAGAGAUUUUUUCCUGGAGUAUGACCGGCACACUCUUCGAACAAGUCCUCCUUGGGGAUCCGAACUUCUGGAGGCCAUUAACAGUUUGAAGAAUGUUGAUUCCACUGCUUUGCUUCAGUUUCUUCAUCCUAUACUGAAUAUGCUUCUACAUCUCAUAGGCAGUGGCGGAGAAACUCUCCAGGUUGCAGCCUUCCGAGCUAUGGUCAACAUUUUGACUAGAGUCCAGCAGGAAUCAGUUGAUGAUGGCGAAAGAAACCGCUUCCUUGUCAACUAUGUUGAUUAUGCUUUUGAUGAUUUUGGUGGACGUCAAGCACCAGUUUAUCCAGGUCUGUCCACUGUAUGGGGAAGCUUGGCUCGUAGUAAGGCUAAAGGUUAUCGUGUUGGGCCAGUGUAUGAUGAUGUUCUUGCAAUGGCUUGGUUUUUUCUUGAGCUAGUUGUCAAGUCCCUGGCCUUAGAGCAAACUCGUCUUUUUUACCACAACCUUCCAUUGGAUGAAGAUGUUCCUCCCAUGCAACUGAAAGAAGGUGUUUUCAGAUGUGUGAUGCAGUUGUACGAUUGCCUCCUGACAGAAGUGCACGAGCGUAGCAAAAAGGGUUUAAGCUUGGCAAAAAGGCUGAAUAGCAGUCUGGCCUUCUUCUGCUAUGACCUUUUGUCCAUUAUUGAACCUCGCCAAGUUUUUGAGCUGGUGUCAUUGUAUCUGGACAAAUUUUCUGGUGUAUGUCAAUCAGUGCUUCAUGAUUGCAAGCUUACGUUUUUGCAAAUCAUAUGUGAUCAUGACCUUUUUGUAGAAAUGCCUGGGAGAGACCCUUCGGACAGAAAUUACCUUUCUUCAGUCCUUAUACAAGAGAUUUUCCUUACCUGGGAUCAUGAGGAUCUGUCCCAACGGUCAAAGGCGGCUAGAAUCUUGGUAGUCCUUUUGUGCAAGCACGAGUUUGAUGCUCGAUAUCAGAAGCCCGAGGAUAAACUGUACAUUGCGCAGCUCUAUUUCCCUUUGAUUGGCCAGAUCUUGGAUGAGAUGCCUGUCUUCUAUAACCUCAGUUCUACUGAAAAGCGCGAAGUUCUAAUUGCCAUCUUGCAAAUUGUUCGAAAUCUGGAUGACACAUCACUUGUCAAGGCAUGGCAGCAAAGCAUUGCACGAACAAGGCUAUUCUUCAAGCUAAUGGAGGAAAGCCUUGUUCUUUUUGAGCACAGGAAACCUUCUGAUGGCAUGCUGUUGGGUUCCAGCUCCCGGAGCCCUACAGUAGAUGCACCUCCUUCCCCAAAAUACUCAGAGAGGCUUUCUCCUGCAAUCAACAACUAUUUAUCUGAAGCAUCACGACAGGAAGUCAGGCCUCAGGGGACACCUGAUAACGGAUUCUUGUGGCAGAGAGUGAAUUCUCAGUUGAGUUCUCCUAGCCAGCCUUACUCCUUGAGAGAGGCUCUUGCUCAGGCACAAUCAUCAAGAAUAGGUGCUUCAGCACAAGCACUCAGAGAAUCUCUGCACCCCAUAUUGAGACAAAAAUUGGAAUUGUGGGAAGAAAAUCUCAGUGCUGCUGUGAGUCUUCAAGUUCUUGAAACAGCCGAGAAGUUCUCCACAAUGGCAGCAGCCCAUACUAUAGCUACUGAUUACGGGAAACUUGAUUGCCUCUCAGCAAUAUUUAUGAGCUUCUUUUCUCGUAAUCAGCCGCUGGUCUUCUGGAAAGCACUAUUUCCUGUCUUUAACACCGUUUUUGAUCUUCACGGGGAAACAUUAAUGGCAAGGGAAAAUGACCGCUUCUUAAAGCAAGUUGCUUUCCACCUUCUUCGGCUUGCAGUUUUCAGGAAUGAAAGCAUCAGGAAGAGGGCUGUUGUCGGACUGCAGAUACUUGUUAGGAGCUCUUUGUACUACAUCAUGCAAACAGCAAGGUUGAGGGUCAUGCUGACAAUCACAUUAUCAGAGCUCAUGUCUGAUGUACAAGUCACACAGAUGAAGUCUGAUGGGACCCUAGAAGAAAGUGGUGAAGCAAGGCGUCUUCGGAAGUCACUAGAGGAAAUGGCUGAUGAAUCUAAGAGCAAGGAAUUACUAAAAGAAUGUGGGCUUUCUGAAAGUGGUCUAAUGGUUAUACCAGAGGGGUUGUCUGAGAACCGUUGGUCCUGGUCCGAAGUCAAACGCCUAUCUGAUAGUCUGGUUCUGGCCCUUGAUGCUAGCCUGGAGCAUGCCCUUUUGGGUCCUGCGAUGACUAUGGAUAGAUAUGCAGCUGCCGAGAGCUUCUACAAACUAGCUAUGGCGUUUGCCCCUGUUCCUGAUCUUCAUAUAAUGUGGUUACUACACUUAUGUGAUGCCCAUCAGGAAAUGCAGUCUUCAGCAGAAGCUGCGCAAUGUGCGGUAGCUGUUGCUGGUGUUGUGAUGCAGGCUCUGGUGGCUAGAAAGGAUGGUGUUUGGAGCAGAGACCACAUAACUUCACUUCGAAAAAUUUGUCCAAUGGUGAGUUGCGAGAUCAAUUCCGAGGCAUCUGCAGCUGAGGUAGAGGGAUACGGUGCUUCAAAGCUUACAGUUGACUCUGCAGUAAAAUACUUACAGAGUGCGAACAAGCUUUUCUCUCAAGCCGAGCUUUUCCAUUUCUGUGCAAGCAUUCUGGAGCUUGUGAUUCCAGUCUACAAAAGUAGAAGGGCCUAUGGUCAGCUGGCGAAAUGUCAUACAAUGCUUACAAACAUCUAUGAGUCGAUUCUUGAGCAGGAAUCCAGCCCAAUUCCAUUCACCGAUGCCACUUACUACAGGGUGGGAUUCUAUGGUGAAAGAUUUGGGAAGCUGGAUAGAAAGGAAUUCAUAUACAGGGAGCCCCGAGACGUAAGAUUAGGCGACAUAAUGGAGAAGCUCAGUCACAUUUACGAGUCUAGGAUGGAUGGGAAUCAUACUUUGCAUAUAAUCCCUGAUUCUCGACAAGUCAAGGCAGAUGAGUUGCAGCCUGGAGUCUGUUACCUACAGAUAACAGCUGUGGAUCCAGUGAUGGAAGAUGAAGAUUUGGGGAGUCGCAGGGAGAGAAUACUCUCUCUUUCCACUGGUGGGGUUAGGGCAAGAGUAUUUGACCGGUUUUUGUUCGACACUCCUUUCACAAAAAACGGGAAAACACAAGGUGGACUGGAAGAUCAGUGGAAGAGGCGAAGUGUUCUUCAAACGGAGGGCUCGUUCCCAGCUCUAGUGAACAGGCUUUUGGUGAUAAAAUCGGAGUCCCUCGAGUUCUCUCCAGUUGAGAAUGCGAUCGGAAUGAUUGAAACGCGGACGGCUGCUCUAAGAAACGAGCUUGAGGAACCUCGGAGUUCCGAGGGUGAUCAGCGCCCACGUCUGCAGAGUUUGCAGAGGAUUCUUCAAGGCAGUGUCGCAGUUCAAGUUAACAGUGGGGUAUUGAGCGUGUGCACGGCCUUUCUCUCUGGCGAACCAGCUACAAGGCUGAGGUCACAAGAACUCCAGCAACUCAUUGCUGCAUUGCUCGAAUUCAUGGCAGUUUGCAAGCGUGCAAUUCGAGUUCACUUCCGAUUGAUCGGAGAGGAAGACCAGGAGUUCCACACGCAGCUAGUGAAUGGGUUUCAGUCUCUUACAGCCGAGUUGUCUCAUUACAUCCCGGCUAUCCUCUCCGAACUCUAGUGUGUUUGUUAUUGUGAUCCGUGUGUGCAUUAGUUACUUACCACUUGUAGUAUCAUUGAUUGCUGCUUCUUAUGUUUGCCUUUUGUAGUUUGAUUCCUUGGAUAUAGUUGUAGGAAGCGUUUACCUGGCUGUAAUGAAGCGGCUAAUUGUGCAUUCCUAACUUUAUUUAAUAUGUACCGUAUUUAGGUUGAUUUAUGUCGAAGUUCUAGGACGAUUUUCUGAGCAAACAAGGAUUCCAUAUCAUCAAUUUGACAUCUUUAUUUCGAGAUUCAAAACACUACAUUCUGCAUUGAAGUUUAAAACAAGGUCAUGAAUAGAUGUACCUAGCUAAAAGAUUUGUCUAUU